AAUAUUUUUCUUAGUUUUGAUUACCAAAUAUUUUGUUUUGUAUCUGUAGGUUGAAUUCGAGUCUCGCUCAGAAUCCGGAGAAUCUUCGAGAAUCUUUGGAUGUCAUCAUGUCAAUGUCCGUGAGAACAACAGUUUUAUUUCGGGAGAAAAACUAGUGGCCAUCAUCUCUGAAGCUUCAAACAUCGGCCGAUCGAUUAGUUAAAAACCAGCGACGACGCCUUCACAUAACAAUUGAAUUACCCCGAUAAGGCUAUUCAGCAGUUCGGGCGAACACAUCGAAAUAACCAAGUCAACACUCCAGAAUACCUCAUAUUGAUCUCGGAAUUAGCUGGUGAGCAGAGAUUCGUAUCUAGUUUAGCCAAACGGCUUCAAAACUUAGAUGCACUUAUUCACGGUGAUCGACGCGCUGAUGAACAGCGAGACCUUGGUCAGUUCAAUGUGGAAACUGAAUAUGGUCAAGCGGCGGUCAAAGCCAUUAUGGAAGCAGUGAUGGGUCGUAAUAUUACUCCAAUUGUAUCACCUCCUGCUGAUUACGAAGGAAACUUUUUCAGAGAUGCUAAAGUUGGACUGAAGAAUCUUGGGAUCACAGAUUCCAAUUAUAUCAACGUUACGGUAUUUUUAAACCGCCUUCUAGGCAUGCCAGUUGACCUUCAGAAAAGACUAUUCCAAUAUUUUACUGAAACCCUGGCAAGCAUCGAAAACCGGGCCAAAGAAAAUGGUAAUUUUGAUCUUGGCAUCUUGGAUUUGGAAUUUGCCCCCAAAAAAGUACAAAGAAGAAAAACCUUGAAGUUCACCAUCCGCCACUCAACUGGAACUGCAGACACUUUCCUACAAACCUUUCUGAUAGAUAAAGGAAUAUCUUGGAGGAGAGCAGAGGAAAAAUUUGCAAUUUUGGAUGGGGCUAAUGAAGGCUUUUACGUUUCAACAGGGAAACCGAUAACAGCGCAAUUAGUUGCAAAGAGUGACACAACCGGAUUUACACCAUCACGCGAGUAGGAAGUCCUUUCUACUAACGCAGAAAACAUUGGCUGAUGUUGGAAAGUUGUUUAGGAUGAUAAGUAUAGAAGAAGCUAAACCACUUUGGAAAACUGAAUUCAAAACUUCCAAAACAAUGUGUUACCAUGAG